GAGGCUGGGUGUCUCCUGACCGGAUGGUGACAGAAGUUUUCAAUGUGGCUACUUUGACCAAAAACAUUCCUCUUAAUAAUCCCCGUUAUUGUCAUACAGCAGCGGAAAAACGUCAACCCUCGUUAGCGUCUUCUUUGACAACUCUUUAACAACCCCCCGCUGUGCCAUACGGAACUUUUACUGGAGGCCUUUUUUGUAUUUUUUUUUAUUUUUGAUUUUUUUAAGUGACCGUUUGUAGAGCCACUUGGUGGACCGGGGAAACCACCAUGGGAAACCGGGGGAUGGAAGACCUGAUCCCCCUCAUCAACAAGCUCCAGGACGCCUUCAGCUCCAUCGGCCAGAGCUGCCACUUGGAGCUGCCCCAGAUAGCGGUCGUCGGCGGCCAGAGCGCAGGGAAGAGCUCCGUUCUGGAGAAUUUCGUCGGGAGAGACUUUUUGCCCAGAGGCUCUGGCAUUGUCACCCGCCGUCCUCUCAUACUGCAACUAGUUAACAAUAAAGCAGAGUAUGCAGAGUUCCUGCACUGUAAGGGUCGGAAAUUUGUGGACUUUGAUGAAGUCCGUCAGGAGAUUGAAGCAGAGACUGACCGACUUACCGGGUCCAACAAGGGCAUCUCACCCAUCCCCAUCAACCUCAGAGUCUACUCCCCUCAUGUGUUGAAUCUGACCCUGAUCGACCUGCCGGGGAUGACAAAGGUGGCUGUCGGAGACCAGCCUGUAGACAUCGAACACCAGAUCAGAGACAUGCUGCUACAGUUCAUUACCAAGGAGAGCUGCCUGAUCCUGGCCGUCACUCCGGCCAACACUGACCUUGCCAACUCUGACGCUCUCAAGAUUGCGAAAGAGGUGGACCCCCAAGGUUUGCGGACUAUCGGAGUGAUCACCAAGCUGGACUUGAUGGAUGAGGGGACGGACGCUCGAGACAUCCUGGAAAACAAACUACUUCCUCUCCGAAGAGGUUAUAUUGGCGUGGUGAACCGCAGUCAGAAGGACAUUGAUGGCAAGAAAGACAUUCGUGUUGCUUUGGCAGCUGAGCGCAAGUUCUUCUUGUCCCAUCCUGCAUACAGACACAUUGCAGAGCGUAUGGGCACGCCACACCUACAGAAGGCACUUAAUCAGCAACUUACCAACCACAUUCGUGACACUCUGCCAGGGUUACGCAGUAAGCUCCAAAGCCAGCUGCUUUCCCUGGAGAAAGAGGUAGAAGAAUACAAAAACUUUCGCCCUGAUGAUCCUACACGCAAAACCAAGGCCUUGCUUCAGAUGGUGCAGCAGUUUGGAGUGGAUUUUGAAAAGUGCAUCGAAGGCUCAGGAGAUCAGGUGGACACCUCUAACUUAUCUGGAGGAGCAAAGAUCAACCGCAUAUUUCAUGAGCGCUUUCCCUUUGAGCUCGUGAAGAUGGAGUUUGAUGAGAAGGAGUUGAGGAAGGAGAUCAGUUACGCCAUCAAAAACAUUCAUGGAGUCAGGACAGGCCUGUUCACCCCAGACAUGGCGUUUGAGGCCAUAGUGAAAAAGCAGAUCAUUAAGCUGAAAGAACCCUGUCUGAAAUGCAUCGACAUGGUCAUCCAGGAGCUCAUCAACACAGUCAGACAGUGCACCAAUAAGUUGGGAUCGUAUCCUCGUCUGAGAGAAGAGACCGAACGAAUCGUCACCACCUACAUCCGAGAGAGAGACAGUAAGACUAAAGACCAGGUGCUCCUGUUGAUUGAUAUUGAACUUUCCUACAUCAACACUAAUCACGAGGACUUCAUUGGAUUUGCCAAUGCCCAGCAGAGGACCGCUGCCAAUGCAACCAAAAAGAGAGUCAUGCCUAACCAGGUUAUCCGCCGAGGCUGGCUAACAAUCAACAUAAGCAUCAUGAAGGGAGGCUCCAAAGACUACUGGUUUGUCCUCACUGCAGAGUCACUUUCCUGGUACAAAGAUGAGGAGGAGAAAGAAAAGAAGUACAUGCUGCCUCUGGACAACCUAAAGCUGAGAGACGUGGAGAAGGGCUUCAUGUCCAGCAAACACGUAUUUGCCAUCUUCAACACUGAGCAGAGGAACGUGUACAAAGACCUGCGGCAGAUUGAGCUGGCAUGUGACACCCAGGACGACGUCGACAGCUGGAAAGCCUCGUUCCUCAGAGCCGGUGUUUACCCAGAGAAAGACCAGGUACCUGAAAAUGAAGACGCAAUGAAUCAAAGCGACACCGUGUCUAUGGACCCACAAUUGGAGCGUCAGGUGGAGACCAUCCGCAACUUGGUGGACUCCUACAUCAGCAUCGUCAACAAGUCAAUCAGAGACCUCAUGCCGAAGACCAUCAUGCACCUCAUGAUCAACAGUGCAAAGGACUUUAUCCACUCGGAGUUGCUGGCCUACUUGUACUCAGCCGGGGACCAGAGCAGCCUAAUGGAAGAGUCUGCUGAGCAGGCCCAGAGGAGAGACGAGAUGCUGAGGAUGUACCACGCGCUGAAGGAAUCUCUGGUCAUUAUUGGAGACAUCAGCACCACCACUGUUUCCACACCUGUGCCACCUCCCGUAGACGACACCUGGAUGGCCAAAGAUUCUGGUCCUGCAGGGACACGGCCUGCCUCGGCAACAGCGCCCCCUCCAAGUCGACCCCCUGCAGUCAGGGGACCAACCCCUGGUGCGGCCCCUCCCCUCAACCCUUCACCAGCAUUUGGGGCACCACCAGUUCCUACAAGACCCGGUCCGCCGCCCGCCCAGACAGGUUUUGAUCCGAAUGCACCUGUGAUCCCCUCCAGGCCGGCUCGCGUGCCUCCUUCCCUGCCGCCCGGCAUCCCAAGCAGAAGACCCCCGGCUGCGCCCCGACCCACCAUCAUACGUCCUUCGGAACCUUCCCUGCUUGACUAGAAGCACACACACACACACACAUACAAAUAUUUCAUUCAGUUUACACUUUUAUAUUUCCAGUUAGCCGUCCGUGCAUCUCAGACACUUGUUUUGAUUAUGUCGUCUUUUUAUUUUAUUUGAUUUUUUUUACCAACAAGCACAGUGACAUGACGUAAAGGGAUGUACAGUACUCUGAUGAGUCUUAUGGGUUAUGAUACAUCACUUUUGUCUGUGUUUUAUACUAAUGUUCAUGAUUUCUUAUGGUAAGAAAGCCUUUUUUAAAGAGAUUUCUAUCUGCUAAUCUAUUGUCGAAAAUCUUAUACACUUAAGCACCUCAAUAAGCGAGCGGCACUUUUGAUCCUUUCUCUGCCCUGAUGGCAGAUCCAUGAAAUUAUGCUUUAGAGAGUCGUCCUUCAAUCAACCUUUUUUUUUACUCGGACUGCUAUAACCUCCUUCACUAUCAUACCGACCAUAUAACUAAGGUUUUAUUAUAUCUUUAUCAUUCAUUUCCCUAUAGUGCUCAACCUUUGGUCUCAUUUGAAUCUUGAAGUCCAUUGUGUACCACCGCAAAAAACAUGGAUAAAAUGAAAGGAGGGAAAGGGCCUGUCUUUCAGGUUGUUUAUUAAAAUGAUGGCCUUGAUACAAA